CGCCUCGAAUCUCUUCAAACUAGAGCAUUUCAAACUGCUUUAUAUAUAAAGACGGAGAAUAAUAUGUGUGCCAUGAAUAUAACAUCGACGCAUCAGCUGCAUACUCAGGAUAAAUGGAGCAAACAAAGGCUCACGGCAAAACGGAACCAUCAAGCGAAGUAAACAAGCGGUUUCACAAGGCUCAAUUGAGCUCUAUCACGCCUUCUUCCACCUACAAGUCACAGGUUUAAAGACUUGUUCAUGAGUAAAGUAUAUGUCCAUGUAUUGCUGUCUUGUGUUGCCUCGGAAUUUACCCUAUUCGUCCAAUUCCGACUUAAGUAUAGGCUCGUUCAAUUUUACGCACUUUUGUGAGCUUCUCCAUAUUUUCGAGUCUCCAGUUGGUAGCCUCUUGGUGUUGAUUCGAAAGUGUUAGUUGGCGGAAGUACUGUGCAACCCUUCGUUCUGAAGAUGAGAAACCAUACGAGUGAAUUCACCGAAUUGGUCAAAAGCUACUCCAAGGAACUUGGAAUCAAACCGAAGGAACAUGUUCAACACGUUGUUAUUGAUGAUACUUUUAUAAGCGAAGCAGUUGAUCUAUUUAGACACGUUAGCGAGCUGAGGAAGUUGUUGCUCGGUGUUAAAGAUGAAUAUCUGCUGUCGUCUUACUCUCACAAAGGUGAAGGGAUGACGGAGGAGGAAAGAGAUGAGGUUGAUUCCCAUGCCAGGGUUGAACUGCGUAAGGAUUCGGAGAGACUGACACACUUGAAGAACUAUGAGACGAAGAGAUCGAAGAGUAAACAGUUCUUUGCCUUCAACAAGGGACAGGCAUCAGCGGUGAAUAACUUCCGUAAUGGUGUUCUGAGUUCUUUGAACUUUGAAUUGGAAGAAACGUCCAGACUGCUUCUAGAGAUGCAGGAGACGAGGCUCUCGAGGAAACGUGAUAUCGAUUUGACAGAUUUCAACUCGAAUACUAUGAAGGUUGAUGAUCGGUAUACAACUCUGCUGUUGGAAGAGGCUGAGUCUCAAAGACUUCAGGAUGAAUUGGAAGAAUUGCCAAAGGAACAAGUUAUGCUAUUGGAGACAGAGAAUGGAGAGAUCUUGGAUGCCAAACUGGAAGAGUUGGCCAAGGUGGAACAAAUCCAAAACUCCGUUGUGGAGAUUGCCCAAUUGCACUCUCAGCUAUCGUCAUACUUACAAUUACAGUCUGAAAGCAUUCGUUCCCUUUGUAACGAGCAAGAUUUGAUCGAAAUGGACGUUUCAGAGGCUGGUAAACAGCUCAGAAAAGCAACCGGAAGGGGAAACUAUGCAACAAAGGUAAUCAUGGUGAUGGCCAUACUGAUGGGCUUGAUAAUCCUAGUUUAUGAUCAUAUACACUGGUGAAUGAAAAUACUCGUUUCUUUACAGAU